AUGCCAGCAAAAGGUGUAAUCAAAUGCGUCGAGAAAAAGGAUACUCUAUGUGGAAACCUCGCUCCGAAAUUUAACUUUGCUCCUGGACAUGAGGGAUCUAUUUCAUGUGCUAAAACUGGAAAAUUUGAAACAUGCACAGCAAAAUGCACUGAUCCAUUGCUCGCUGCGUCUGUACCCACUAUUCUAUGUAAAACAAUCAAACGAAUCACGAAGUUCAUUCCUGCAUCAGCACCUGGAGGAAUCAAAUGCCUGGCUCCUCCACCAACUAAGUGUGGACAAUUCGCACCAUCGAUCAGCUUCCAAUCGGGUAGCUCUGGUUCGAUUGGAGAUUGUCGCCAAGUAGGGAAAAAUCAAGUUUGCAAAGUACAAUGUGAUGAUGAGACCCUCGCUCCAUCAAUUGAUGAAGUUCAAUGUAGAGCUGCUAAGAAAGGAAAAUUUUCUUUCUUCCCCCGAACAGCAAAGAUAUCUUGCAAAGUUCCACCACCACCAUUACCAAAACACGUACAUGCACAAUGCGGCGAUAUCUUCCAAUUGUCACGAUAUACUCUGGAUAGAAACAGUCUUGAUGCUCAUUGUGACAAAACACAAUGUAUUUUAUCUUGCUUGAAUGCAGGUGCAACUAUGAAAGCGACCCCUGCAAAGCUCCCUAAAAAUAAUAAAAUGGUGAUCAAGUGCGGCAAAAAAGGAUUCGCACCGAAGAAAGUUAAAGCUUCAUGCACAGGUGGCUCUCAGAGAGGACUUGGUCUUGUAGGCGGUUUUGAAGAUUAUGCUUCAACUAAAGUCCAGGAUACUACAACUUGCUUCAACUCUAUUUAUGAGAAAUACGGAGUGAGAAGAGAAGAAAUUGUUGUGAACUGCACGGGGAAUAAAUGUCUCGUUUCCUGCAAGAAAAAUGGUAAAGCACCAACACACAUUUGGCCCGAUGGAUCUUCAUCUCAAAGAUCACUGUUCGUCUGCAAAGGUCGAUUCUCCUGGUCUCCAAUUAGAGGCCGAAUUGUCUGUUAA